CACACUCGCUCACUCUCCCUGUCUCUCCCUGUCUAUCUUUCACGCGCUCGUUCCCCCUCUAUCACACUACCUCCCGCUACCUCUCACUGACUCUAAUCAAUUAUAGGCGCGCGAGUCAGGGAAGUAAGUUGGGAUUGUAAAUAAUUGGUUUGGUGUUGGCCGAGCUAUGGAGGAGACAGGCAGCGUUGAUGGAAGAGCGCGGAGAUUCGUAGGCAAUUGAGGCUCGUUGAGAUUAAGGAUCGCGACGGUGAAUUCGCGUCUGGCUGGUAACCGGUAAGCGUAGCAGCGAGCGAUGACUUAGAAGUGGCCCGCAGGCGGUGCAUCCCUAAUCGCGAUCGAGGAUCGACCCGAUGAAGUAGCUGUGGGAGGAGGAGCGAGAUGCGGUGUCGAUUCGCGGGUAUAAUGUGCACGCGCCCGCUUCGUUGAGGACGGGAAAGCGCGCGCUGCGUGUGCGUAGGCUGGUACACGAGGUCACGGAUUUUCGGACGGCGAAGCGGCGCCGAGGAGCGUAAGAGAAGAGUCGAGAUCCGGGCGAGGAGCUAGAAGCUCGUAGAUGAUAUCCGUGGCGACGACGACCUUGUUGGCGAUGGAUUCACAGCAGCUGGUCGAGAGCGCGACGGAGAAGGGCGAGAAGGUGAGCCCGAAGCCGGCGACCAGUACGCCGAGGCAUAGCAUCGACGCCAUCCUCGGCCGAGCGAUCACGACCGGCUGCAAGCGAAAGCGGGAGAUCGAGGAGACGACGAAGGAUUCCCAGGACAAUACGGGUGAAAGCAGCUACAAUUCGACGGGCGGCGGCAGCGACGAUGAAAGCAAUGGCCCCAGCAAGAAGAAGCAUCGCCGCAACAGGACGACCUUCACCACGUACCAGCUACACGAGCUCGAAUUGGCCUUCGAAAAGUCACACUAUCCGGAUGUGUACUCGCGCGAGGAGCUAGCGAUGAAGGUCAAUUUACCGGAGGUUCGCGUGCAGGGUUAG